CACGACGAUUCCAUCCGAACUUCCACGAGGUGGUUGAGGGUCGACAUCUUUGUCCCCCUAUCAUGUGCCUAGCUCCAGCCCCUCAUGGGCUCGCUGUUAGACCAGAAUUCCAGCGCGGUGCGCAAACGCAUCCAGAAUCACCACUUCGAUGACGAGGACGGCGAGGAAUACGAGGCCUCCGCCUUUGGGGGGUUCGGCGAUUAUAUGCGCCGCAAGAAGCUCAAACUACAGAACCUGGAUGCUGAAAUACGCUCCUCUGCUACCGACUGUCCGCCUAUCUUUCGCGGAGUUGUUGCGCACGUCAAUGGCUAUACCCAACCCUCUCUGCAAGACCUCCACCGCCUCAUCGUGAGCCAUGGCGGCGGGUUCCUGCAAUACCUCAACGGAAAAACCGACGCGACACACAUCAUUGCCAGUGCGUUGACUCCCAAGAAGCGCGAAGAGUUUCGACGCUAUCGGAUCGUCAAACCAGCAUGGGUAGUCGAAAGCGUCAGGGCUGGUCGGAUGCUGCCGUGGGAUGCAUUUCGUGUCCUCGAUGAGGGCCAAUCCCAGAAGGUGCUCAGGUUCGACGACGGGCGGAUGGUCAGCCAGACAAACAGUCCGAGAUCCGGCUAUCGCGAACAAACCGAUUCCAGCUGGUAUACCUCUCAACUUCAGACAGCCUCCGUGGACAGAGCGGAAUUGCAACGAUCACCAUUGCGAGACUCCGAGAUGCCUGGACUAGCAGACCAACUGCCCAGUGGAAGCACGCAGUCGGACUAUGGUGAAUUUCCAAGUUUUGUCUCACUGGAUGAGACGAGCAAGACACCCAACGCCCUAUCUCCGCAGAAUGGUGCUCCUCCCGGGACCCCGCCGAAUGAGCAGCCACAUUUGGAGCGGGAGGAUGUCGGAGCUGAUACUAAUCUACGCCAACCAGUGGACGGUCAACUUGAUGUGGCUCCUGCACCGCUGCCACUUUUACCUGAGUCUAUACCUGCUAAAUUGGAUAUGACCUCCGAGGAAUACAACGCGCAGCUGCUGUCGGACCCACGCAUGAGAAACUCCAGUGCUGCGAAUCCGGAUUUUAUCCAGCAGUUCUACAGUGAGUCCCGACUACAUCACCUGUCGACAUGGAAAGCCGACCUUAAGGCCCAGCUGCAGUCUGCCGCCAAAGAAAAGUUGCAGUCUCAGCUCAAGCGAAGGAAGCCUGUUCCUGGGGCGAGAAGGUACAUUAUGCACGUGGACUUUGAUUGCUUCUUUGCAGCAGUUUCGACAUUGAAGCGUCCGGAGCUACAGGGAAAACCCGUCGCUGUCGCUCACGGGACCGGCUCGGGAUCAGAGAUCGCCAGUUGCAACUAUGAGGCGCGUGCACAUGGGAUCAAAAACGGCAUGUGGAUGAAAGGAGCAUUACAGGCCUGCCCGGAGCUGAAGGUGGUGCCCUAUGACUUUCCUGCGUACGAAGACGCCAGCCGGAAGUUCUACCAUGCCAUUCUUUCUGUGGAUGGCAUAGUUCAGAGUGUCAGCAUUGAUGAGGCUCUGGUGGACAUUACGAUGCAAUGUCUCGAGGCUGGAGGCUCGGACGGCCGGGGUAUCUCAGAGGGGUCUCUUUAUCGGGAACAGGCCAAAGCCGAUGAGAUCGCGGAAGAUCUACGGGCCACAGUAAAAAGGGAAACUGGCUGCGCAGUCUCCGUGGGUAUCGGAGGCAAUAUUCUGCUAGCAAAGGUUGCUUUACGGAAAGCGAAACCCGCUGGUUUGUUUCAGCUAAAGCCCGAUGCUGUCCUUGACGUUAUUGGAAACCUUACUGUUCAGGAUCUCCCAGGUGUUGGCUACAGUUUGGGAACGAAGCUGGAAGAACUAGGUGUUAAAUUUGUUAAAGACGCCCGGGAUUUGUCUCGUGAGAGGCUCACUACGAGCCUGGGCCCUAAGACUGGUACCAAGAUCUGGGAGUACUCCCGUGGUAUCGAUCGGACCGAAGUGGGCAACGAAGUGCUCAGGAAGUCGGUUUCUGCGGAAGUCAAUUGGGGUAUUCGCUUUGUGAAUCAGACCCAAGCCGAUGACUUUGUGCGGUCUUUGUGCCAGGAACUGCAUCGCAGACUGGUGGAGAAUCUGGUGAGAGGCAAACAGUUGACUCUCAAGGUCAUGCGGAGGUCUCUCGACGCACCGCUAGAGCCAGUGAAGCAUCUCGGACAUGGAAAGUGCGAUGUGUUCAACAAGAGUGUAGUCCUCGGCGUUGCCACCGACGCGACUGAUAUUCUGGGCAAAGAGGCCGUCGCUAUGCUGAGAAGCAUGGGUAUAUCGCCUGGAGACUUGAGAGGGUUGGGUGUUCAGAUGACAAAGCUUGAGCAUCUCAAUCCGGGCUCUCCUGGAAAGGCCGGCCAGCAACAGCUCAAUUUCAAAGCGUCUCCGCUACGAAAGAGCAUCGAGCGCCACGAUGCUGACAUCCUUGACAGUCCGCGCAAGGGAGAGACCGAGUCAGUGAGGCCCGUUCCUUCGUUCAGUGACAGUGGCAAGCCACUCAAUAUAUCGGGGACUCAAUUUAUCCUGCCCUCUCAAACCGACCCUACCGUCGUUGCAGAGCUUCCAAAUGACAUUCGAUCGCGGCUUAUCGCCCAGGGGAGACCUCGACGCGAUUCGCGCUCCGUGUCUCCAUGCCCUCCAAGUCGCACCCGGACACCUGCGCGUGCGGAACUUCCGCCCCAGUCGCAGCUCGACCCGGACGCAUUGGCAGCUCUGCCAGAGGAUGUGCGUGCGGAGAUCUUGGAAUAUUAUAGUCGGCCCUCCGCAAGCCCGGGUCCGCAGCAGACGCAACCCACGCCACCUCCUGCCCCUGCUCCCGCGCCGCCGUCUCGGCCCUCCUCUUCGGGAUCUCUACUAAUUCGAAAACCUACGAGCCCUCUCAAGAAGCGACGUGGGCGGCCAAGCACCAAAUCGGUAGGAAACCCUGCAUUCAAGCAGGCCCGGUUUGUCUUGCCAAGAACCACUGCUUCGGCUUCAACCAACAACGAGCGUCAAUCGCCCACCCCGGAACAGACCGACGUCUCAGCCGAAUUCCUCGCCGCGCUCCCAGAGGACAUUCGUCGCGAGGUGCUCGAAGAGCAACGAAGGGCAAAGAUGCUGCAGCGUCCAAGCGUCAACCCUCCGGCGCAGAGACCCGCUCAGCCCAGACCCUCUGCCCCGGCCCCAGCGCAAGAAAAGCGACUGGUCCUGCCCCCGCUCCCAGAGAGACCAACAUUCACCUCCCAAAAGCUCUCCAACAUCUCCGACCUGCGAGAUGCGAUUAGUUCCUGGCACGCAACGUUCAGCCGCGAGGGCCCUAUCGAAGAAGACGUGGUCUCCCUUGGCCGAUACCUAAAGCGCGUCAUUGUAGACGAGAAAGACAUGGACAAGGCCGUGUCGGUUCUCAAAUGGCUCAUGUGGCUGAUUGAUGACGAGCAGACCGAAAAUGCGUCGGAUGCGUUCAAGACGCCGGAUCCGAGUGGCAAGACGGGCAGCAGCUCCCAGAGCGCAGUGACCUGGGAGGCUGCAAUCAAGACGCUGCGGGAGAGCGUCGAUGAGGGCUGUGCGGAGCGAGGGCUGCCUCCUGUUGAUUUGUCUUGAUGUAUAUAUUGAUUCCUAAAUGGAGCUGGCCUGAGUUGGCGUUGGAUCGGCCAUAACGCUUGCUUACUACAAUCACUUGGACAUACUGAUGAUAUUUCUAUACGUGAUACUGUUCUGAUACUAAAUC